AUGGAUUGGUGUUAUCAGUCACAAGUUACAUGCAGUCACAACUGUACAGGUCCAGAGCUAUGGGGAAUAGUUUCACAGCAGUGCAACGGCAGACAUCAGUCUCCGGUGAACAUUGUUACAAGGAGAAUGCUUCUAGAUGAAAGGCUCACCUCUUUUCACUUCACUCGAUACCAAGAAGCUUUUCAUGGUCGCCUCUUAAACAAUGGUCACACUGUUCAACUGGAUUUACCCUCCAGUAUAAAGAUCAAAGGAGGAAAUCUGGCCGCACAAUACAAGGCAAUUCAACUUCACCUGCAUUGGGGCGUAGACGGAGGACCAGGGUCUGAACACACAAUCGAUGGAGAACAAUUUCCAAUGGAGAUGCAUAUUGUGCACAUAAAAGAAGAAUACAACUCUUUAUCAGAGGCUGUAAGAGACAGCACAGGCGUGGCUGUUCUUGGAUUCGUCUUUGAGGAGUCGAAGUCUGCAAACAAGAAAUUCGAUCCCCUUAUUAACGCUCUGAAAAACAUCACACAACCCGGCAACAGCACGACACUGGAGGGUGUAUCCCUGGAAAUGUUCACACCUCCUCAGAAGAACAUGACCAAGUACUUACGCUAUAAUGGCUCCCUCACUACACCCGGCUGUGCUGAAGCUGUCGUCUGGAGCCUGUUCGAAAACACGGUUCCUCUCAGCAGGAAGCAGAUUGCUGCAUUCUCCCACCUUCAGUUUUCUAAUGGAGAUCAGAUGGUCAAAACCUUCAGACCAUUGCAGCCUUUGAAUGGACGGCAGGUGUAUUACUCUGGUGGUCAUGCUGCUCUGGUUAGCACUGUGUUAUUGAUCAUGUCAGUGCUGGUAUCCUUAAUGAAUGAAUAUGUCCACUGAUGAUUGUCUAAUACAUGAAAUACAAUGUACUGAAUAUGUACAACUUUAAGAACUGUGUGCGAUUUCUUCGGUGUAAAGACAACGUCUUACUUCAAAACAUGUGUCAUUAGUAUUUACUUUUGUUGUCGUUUACUGUUUAUCAAAUAAUUUGUAUAUUUAAGCUCUUAAUUUGGCACGGUUGAACGGUAGCUAUGUACAUAAAAAAUGUACAGGCUACCGGACUAAUUGAAGGUGUUAUAAUAGUGCCUCUUGUGAUAUGUUAUCUCAAUAAAUGUCUUAUGAAACUGGAAAGCUUCCUUCCUGCAUGUCGUUCCUCAGUCAUUUGAACUCUGAACUGUAAUUUAUAAUCUUAUCAGUAAUCUAAUUGAUGUUUUGUGUGGUAAAACGGUUCAGACUCUGAUACAGACUGUUUCAUCUCAGCUGUUUGUGAAACAUUGUGCAAGUAUUAUUAAAGUUUAAGUGUGACUCCU